AUGAAAGACGAAGCUUUGAAGGAACGACUCCGACUGCUGCGUCAAGGAAAACAGCCUGAAGCGCAACCAGCUUCAUCUUCUCUUCAAGCCUCCACAGCCCCGACACAAAAUCGAUCGUCCACUGCGGUCCCAGACCCAGAUCAGCUUCUGUUUGAACGGUUCCGCAAGCUCAAGCCUGCCGAGACGUCCCAGCCUCACGUUUCCGAGCCGUCAGCCCCAGUGCGCCGCACGGUUCCCACCGCCUCGCAUAUAAAGCCACAAGACGAGCAGGACGAGAUUGACGCCCUCAUCCGAUCUACGCAAGACCAGCUAGAUCUCGAGCAAUCCACCUCGGAUCCCGGGCUUGACUCAUACGCCGACUCUGAUCACCUUUCAGACUCGGACAUCGAACAGGACAUCGACGCGGUCACAAAGGACGCCGCAGAGAUCAUCAACGCCGUUCGCGACGAGCUCGCCCUCAAACAACACUCACAUUCCAGUCAAACUUCAACAGACGACAUCAUCUCUGACUCUGCGCCUCAAGCGGAAGAGCCAGUGCAGCCUACCAUGAUGCGCACCAACUCUCAAAUCGAGAAAGCCCUUGCGGACGCUGCUCAAGACUCGGAAGUGUUCGCCUCGAGCAAUGCUCCCGUCAACGACUCCGACCGAGCCGCGCCUACUGCUGGCGCCAACAAGACGCGCCGCAAUUGGCUCGGCGGUCGCUUCUUCUUUGUCGCGAUGCUGACCCUGCUCAUCGUGGCCCUGUCUUCUGUCCCCGGUGCUUACGCAUUCGGUGCCGGCAACAUCCCUUCCUUCGCCUACAUGGAAGGCAAGGCGUUCCGACACGGAGACAUCGAAGACAUCCUCGAGGACCUCUUCAAAAAGGCCGGCGGCUCUCUCUUUGGCUCGAGCAAGUUCGGAGGUCUCGACAUCAAGCGCACCUACUUCGGCAACUGGCUGCGCGACUACAGUCAGGCCAUGGACGUCGCUGCUCUGCAAAAGAUGGGCAAGCGCCAGAUCCUCAACAUCGUCAUGGUGCUCGGCUUCCUCGCGCACGGCUAUGCCACCGCCGAGUUCGAGGUCACGGACGACAGACUAGGCGUAUACCUUCCCGAAGAGCACCUCGACAACCCCAAAGGCUACGCCGACGGCAAGGACGCUCGCCAGUUCGACCCUCGUCUGCGUGAGCCCGUGAACCCUCAGGAGCUCGAAGUCGAUCCUCGUUCGGGCAUGAAGAACUAUCUGGCCAACGAGAACGGUCACUGGCGCACGGGAUCCGGACUUAUCCGUCGCACGCUUACCCGAGUCAUCGAAAUGGGUCGUCGCGCCCGUGAGUCGGGACAAGACUCUGACCUAUACGAAGCCUACCGCCUCCUCGGCCAGGCGCUGCACACGCUCGAGGACUUUCCCGCGCACAGCAACUGGACCGAGCUCGCACUCCACCGUCUCGGUCACCGCAACGUCUUCCUCCACGUCGGCGAUAAUGUCAAGGUUCGUGCUCCGGACGGCACGCAAGUCGCACCCAUCGUCACGGGCACCUUCGGCAGCGCCGACUUCAUGCACUCGAUGCUAGGCGAGGCGCAGGACCAUCUCUCGGAAGCGUCGAUCUCGGACCUGAACAAGGCCAUGGACAACGCCAAGCGUCAGUCGAGCGGAAGCAACCGCAGUCCCGUCCAAGACCUGCUCGGCAUGCUUGCCAAGAUCCCCGGAGGCAGCUCUGGCGGCAACGUCUCACGCGAUCUCGAAGACGUCUCUCGCGGUCCCGUCAGCGAUCCCGCCAACAUGUCUCCGCAAGAAAUGUACGCCAACCUGUGGAAGAUCCUCGAGCUGCGCGAUCGCAUCAUGAAGAGCAUCGAAGGCACCAUCGAGAAGAUCCCCGGUCUGAGCAGUCUCGUCGAAAAGCUCACCAACGAGCUCAACAUCUUUGUCUUCACGCUGAUCGAGCCGUACGCCAAGCCGAUCAUGCAGCAGGGCAUGUCGGCGCUCAAGCUGGGUUCCGGAGCGGUGAUCAACAAGCAGGAGCAGUACGAGGUGUUUGACAACCCCAACGCGUCCGAUCCGACCCACUCGAUGUUGUCCAAGGACCAUUUCGGGUUGAUUCUCAACGAGGUUGCGGGCAAUGUGGCGAAGAUCAUUGUGAGGAACACGGUGACGAAGGUGGUCAGGGCUUGGGAUGAUCGAAGUUUGGAUCCGGCGAGGGUGGCGGAUGAGUGUCUGGCGGUCAUGUUCCACCCGUACUGGUUUAACCAGGGAGCGACGGUGCAGAAGGAGAUGAUGGACUACGUUGCUGACUGGGCGCGAUCGCACGGUACCGAGAUCGGACGACUGAGCAAGCAGUCUGUGCGAAACCACACCAAUACGCGUUCGGGUAAAGCCGAACCGCACAGUCACGGCAACGACCAGCCCAACAUGGGCUCGUUUAUGGGCGGGGGCAACAGUCAGGCUGCGCACAGCUUUGGUCAGCAGCACCACUCCUCCUAUGGCGGAGGUGGUGGUGGAGGAGGAGGAGGCAGCAUUGGCACGCAGAUGGCAGGGUAUGCGAGCAACUACGUGUCGAACCAGGUGCACGGUCUUGUUGGCGGCCGCAUCCCGGGUGGCGGGAUGUUCAGGGAUCUCCCUGAAGGCGGGGCUGGUCCGGAUGGUUACGAAGGUGGAGAGCCACCGUAUGGUGGGAAUAGCAGACCGUCGUUCCCCGAGGCGGAGCCGACGGGUCAUCAGCGAUACGGCAGCGGCGGCAGUGCGGGUGAGUACUACGCCCCGCCUGGAGGCCCUCCCGGCGGUCAGGGUGGAUAUGGUCAGCCGCAGUAUGGUGAACAGCAAGGGUACGGUCACCAACAGCAGGGUUAUGGCCAGCCACAGCAGGGCUACGGUCAGCCACAGCAGGGGUAUGGUCAGCAGCAGCAGUACCCGCCUCCAGGAGGAUACGGCCAGCAGGGCGGAUACAACAACCAGCAGGGCGGCUACGGCGGUGGCUACGGCGGCGGAUACUGA